CGAUCGACGAGCAUGCUCAAGCAUCAGCUCAAGGAGCGGGACGUCGACGGGAUCACGGCGAUUCUGUCUCGUCUGCAGUCCAAGGAUGCAUAUGUGCGGGAACUCGCCGCCAUGGAUCUGCAUGCGUCGGUGGCGACUUUGGCUCGCGAGCUUACGUCGGAAACGUUUGCGCGGUUCCUGUCCGACUUGACGCCGAGGUUGCAAGGGUUGCUGCAAAGCACAAGCUUGGUGGACCAGCUGGGCGGGAUUGCCGCCGUGGACGCACUUAUCCCCGUGGCCAGCGAAGCGCAGAUCAUCCGGUUCGCGAACUACCUGCGCAGUUUCUUCGUCACGUGCGAGUCCAAGGCCGGACUGCGCGCCGCCAGUUGGACGCUUGGCCGCCUUGCCUCGUCCACCGAGAAUGGGAUCAGCGGCACCCUCGUCGCCGCCUUUGUGGACUUUGAGGUCAAGCGCGCGUUCGAAUGGCUCACGAACCCAUGCUUCCAAGCCAACCACCGCCGCCUCGCCGCGUGCAUGGUGCUGCAAGCGCUCGCUUCCGCCGUCCCAACCCUCUUCCAUGUGAACCUCACCACGUUCUUUGUCGCCAUCUGGCCUGCCAUCCGCGACCCCCGCGUGGACGUUCGGGAUGCCGCCACGGAUGCAUUGGCAGCAUGUUUGCAGCUCAUUUCAAUGCGCCAGACUCGCCAUCGCGUGCAAUGGUACUGCAAAAUCUACGACCAAGUGCAAGAUGGCCUCCAUGUUGUCAAAGGUUCGUCGUCGGUAGUGAUGACCAAAUCCCCAGCAUGGGAAAGCAUCCACGGGUCGCUUUUGGUGAUUGGCCAGUUGGUGCAAAACACAGGGAGCUUCAUGGUGCCUCGGUUUCGAGAAGUCUGCGACAUUGUGUUGUGCUACAAAGAUGCCAAAGACAAGCUCGUGGCUCGUUCAGUGUGUCUGUUGCUGCCCCAACUCGCGGCUUACUGCCCUGAUGCGUUCGUACGCCACUACUUGAGCGUGUGCGUGGUCCACCUCAUGAAGCGUGUGACGACGUUUCUUUCCGUGAGCGAGCGUGGGAUUGCGUUUUCGGCGCUCGGCGAAUUGGCCUUGGCUGUCGGAGACCAUCUGGUGCCACAACUGCCGUCGAUCAUCGAAUUAUUGCAAGACGGAAUGAAAAAAUCAAAAUAUUUUUGCAUCGAAACGCUGCUAUGUGCGGCGCAUUUCACCAAGGCGUGCACCGUGGCAAUUGAGCCGUAUUUACCGUCGCUGUUGGAGCAAAUGAUGGCUGGAGGGUUGAACGAGGCGUUGAUUGAAGCGCUGACGGAGAUCGUACAGACCGUCCCCGCCGUCAAGACGUGGGUCCAGGAACGCCUGCUCCAUGAAAUUGCCCUAGUGCUACAACGUCCGGCGUCCACAACCCUCGACGAUCCACGCAAAGGAGGCGGGUUCUCUACGUUUUCGCUACCGUUUCGAUCUUCCGACAAACCUGAUGAAACCAAAGAAGUGGGGGGCAGCAACCCACACAGCGACGCAAUGCUCCUGCUGAGCUUAAAUACUUUGGGGCACUUUGACUUUCGAGGUCCUUUCUCAAUCUUGCCGUUUGUCCAAGACCACGUCAGCAUGUUUUUGUAUUACCCUGACGUGUCGGUUCGUAAACAAGCCGUGACCACAUGUGCGACACUGUGCCACCCCGACCCUGCCCUACCCAAGCGCGGCCGCUCUGGUCAAGUGGUCGAUCAUAUGCUUCAGAUGCUGCUCCAAGUGGGUCUCACAGAUCAGGACUGGACAGUUCGGAAGACAGUAGUGGAGGCACUUCAGCCUCCUUUCGACGAGUGGCUCGCCCAAGAAUCGCAUGUAAAUUUGCUGUUUUACCUGGUCAACGAUGAACAAGCCGAGAUUCGAGAAUUGACUAUGCAAGUGUUGGAUCGAUUGGCCGGACGAAACCCAGCGUAUAUUUUGCCCUUGCUUCGACGCGUACUGAUUCAACUCCUGACCGAACUCGAGCACGCAUUGGAUCUUCGCAUGAUGGAAGAAAGCACUCGACUGCUAUCCAAACUCAUUCGCGGGUCUCAACACCUUGUGGAGCCCUACUUGAGUCGGGUGCUGGACGUGCUACUGCCCAAGCUAAAACUGCAGGGAAAUCCCAACUUUUCUAGCGCGGUGCUCACGGCUUUGGGCGCGUUGAGUCUGGCGGUGCAGACGCAGAUGGCGCCGUUCGAAGGGAUGCUGCUUCCGUUGAUAUUGGACGCUCUGCAGGACCACAGCAGUCUGUCCAAGCGACACGUGGCACUGGUUACGCUCGGCCAACUGACCACCAGCACUGGCAACGUCGUGCAGCCGUACGUAACGUACCCCAAAGUGCUGCACGUUCUAUUGGAUUUACUCCAACACACUGCCGCCACACCCUGGUCUCUUCGCCGGGAAGCUAUGAAGACUAUGGGGAUCUUGGGAGCGUUGGACCCGUACAAGUACAAGUUUUGCGUGGCGAGGGCGUCAACAUUGGAGAUUCCGGACAAACAACCAACACCCCUACCCUCAACCCAGGAUGAAGAAAAGCAGCAGAUUGAGCUCCAGCUAUUCACCGCCCCCCCCGUCGGCACCCGUCGGCACCCGUCGCCGCCCCCCAACCCCGAAACAUCAGCUGAAGAGGACCCGAUGCACCUGGCUCUGCAGUCGGCCCCCGCGUCCCCCCCGCUCUCUGUCGCAGAUGAAGCGUACUUUCCCACAGUGGCGAUUCAUGCCCUAUUGGGCAUAUUGAGGGAACCGUCGCUGGCGGUGCAUCACUACGGAGUGAUCCAAGCUAUCAUGUUUAUCUUCAAAUCGCUGUCUCUGCAAUGUGUGCAGUUUCUGCCGGCGAUCAUGCCGCCCUUUUUGCACGUGUUGGACAAAGGCGAGCCUCGGUUGCGGCACUCGCUGUUCCUCCAAGUUACGACGCUGACUUCAAUCGUUCAAAGUCAUUUGAGUCCUUUUUUCCCGGCCAUGGUCACGCUCAUGCUUCGGCACUGGCGGUCCCAUCUCAGCCCCAUCUUGCAAUUGAUCGAGAAAAUGGCCCGCGCUGCGCCUUCCGAGUUCAAACAAACGUACUUUCCGCUGCUCUUGCCUCGAUUGCUUGAAGUUCUUCAGCCCCAACAACAAAACCCACCCAACAACGACCUGUCUCCGUCGCCCCUGCAUCAUGCGUCCACUGCCGCCGCCGCCGCCCUUCCCGCCGCCGCCGCGCUGUCGUCUGGCGCCACGUCCGAUCCGCUGCAUCAUGCCGCGCCUGGUACCAUGGGCUCGGACUUGAUGGAAUCGCCAGAGAACAGUGGGAUGUUGGUGUCGUCUGUGCAAAUCCAAGUCGUGCAUGUACUGCUGGUGAGUGGGCCUGCCGUAGAAGACAGCGUAUUUGUGCUUAUGCCGGCUCUGAUUCGGCUGCUGGAGCAUGCCGAUACACCGUGGGAGGCUAAGACGUGGAUCGUGGGACUGCUGGCGCACUUGACCUUGUUGGGCCAGUCAUUUGAGCAUUAUAUUGGGCCCCGGCUGCUCUUGGUUUUGCAUCGAAUGGUCAAACUCAACGCGGAUAAGACUCGAAAGUUUACAGACGCGGCCGUGUACUGCUUGGGCGCGAUUGCAUAUCAACUGCAAGACGGGUGGUUGAGCUACAAGUCCCUCGUAGACAGCACUCUGUCGCAGAUUUCGUCACCCGACCACGUGGCCGCCAUUCAGUCGUGGAGUGAUGUGCUAAAUACUCCAAACCAGCGCAUUUCCAUAGAAAUGGUUCAGCGCCAAGUGCUUUCGGCAGAGCUCAAGGGCUGGUACACCGCCGCGGCGUCCGCUCCGCCGUCGCCCGAGUCGCCCAAUGCGAAUGCGAUCCAUGUUAAUCAGGCUAAUUUGAAGCGGGCGUGGGAAGCAUCGCAACGAUCCACAAAAGAAGAUUGGCUCGAAUGGAUGCGCCGGUUUUCCAUUGAGCUGUUGCGGGAAUCCCCUUCCGCGGCGUUGCGAUCAUGUUGUUCGUUGGCGCAAGCUUAUAAUCCACUGGCAAGGGCGCUGUUUAAUUCGGCAUUUGUCUCGUGCUGGAACCAAUUAUUCGAACAAUAUCAAGACUAUUUGGUUCGGGCGUUGGAGACAGCGUUCCAAAGCGAUACAAUUCCCGCCGAGAUUCUGCAGACUUUGCUCAACCUGGCAGAGUUUAUGGAGCAUGACGUGGAGGCAUUGCCCAUUGAUAUUCGCGAACUGGGCGAACUGGCGCAGAAGUGCCACGCCUAUGCCAAGGCACUGCACUACAAGGAGCUCGAGUUUCACACGUCGCCUUCUACGUGCAUCGAAGCUCUGAUUUCGAUUAAUAACCAGGUGGGCCAGCCCGAAGCGGCUGUGGGCAUUUUAAAAUACGCACAAUUGCACCACAAAAGUGUCAUCCACGUCAAAGAAAGCUGGUUUGAAAAGCUACAAGACUGGGACAACGCAUUGGAUUUGUACAAUGUCAAGCUACAAGAGACACCCAAUGACUUGGACGCGUGUACGGGCAAAAUGCGAUGCCUCGAGGCAUUGGGGGAGUGGGAUCAACUGGCGGAAUUGGCUCGCCAAGUAUGGGAUACGGUUGACCCUGUGACACGGGGACUGAAGGACGAAUCAUUGGUCAAGACGGUGGCACUUCUGGGUGCGCGCGCCUGCUGGUGGCUUCGGGACUGGAGUACCAUGGAGCAGUAUGUUGGCGGCGUCUUAGCAACUGGCCCGAGUAUGGGGUCGCUCACGGGCACGCCGUCGAGUGGCGAUUCCGAAUUGAAUGGACUGUGUGCAUUGUAUAAAUCGGUGCUGGCGGUGCACCACAAUCAGUUUGAAGACGCCCAAGUGUGGAUUGAUACCACGCGCAAGGAACUGGAUGCGACACUGGGCGCCCUCGUCGGCGAGUCCUAUUUGCGUGCGUACCACACCAUGAUUACACUGCAGCAGCUCAGUGAACUCGAGGAAAUCGUCGCAUACAAAAAGAUGUGCAUAUCCAAGCCCGAGGAUGCGCCCUUAUUGAAACGUCACAUGGUGGCCAUGUGGUCUAACCGGCUAGCUGGGUGCAAACGGGUGGUGGACGUGUGGCAGCAUGUGCUGGCGGUGCGCUCGCUCGUGCUAAGCCCCCAUGAAGACGUAGCCACGUGGCUCCAAUUUGCCAGCUUAUGCCGCCAAUCUAAUCACUUGGCUCUGAGUCUCAAGGUAUUUACGCACGCUUUAUCUGUGACGAGGCAGCGAGAUCAGAUUGACGACUGGCGCACAGCGUUUACACCGGUGGGGUUUGCUUCCCUCGGGUAUUCCCAGCACGACCCGUAUCGCAUUGCGUUUGCUUAUCUCAAACAUCUGUGGGCAGUUGGAGACAAGUCGAAAGCUCUGAAUGAACUGGGCUCACUUGUCCAAUCCCUGUCGGCCCGUCGCCCAGGCACGUCGACCCAUGCCCAUGAUCUGGUCAAGUGCCAAUUAAAGUGGGCAGAGUGGCAGAUGGCUAUCCACGACCAACAACUGGACAAAGUUUCUAUCCCUGCCGUCCUCUCGGCUUUGAAAACCAGCACCGAGUUGGACCCCACCAGUUAUAAAGCAUGGCAUGCAUGGGCGCUGAUGAAUUUCCACGUGGUGGACCACCAACCCGCAGCCAAAACCGCUCCCGACGACUCGUACGUCGUGUCGGCCAUCGAAGGCUUCUUUCGAAGCAUCGCAUUGGGCCGAUCUCGAUGGGCUGCCAAUGUCCAGCAAGAUAUUUUGCGUGUGCUGACUCUGUGGUUUGCCCACGGCCAUAAGCACGACGUCCACACUGCUUUAAACGCGGGCUUUCAGAGUGUCAAUAUCGAAACGUGGUUGAUUGUGAUUCCGCAGCUGAUUGCUCGAAUUCACUCGCCACACCCUCGAAUUCAAUCACAGUUGCAUCGACUGCUGUGUGCAAUUGGGUCGCAACAUCCCCACGCACUGAUUUAUCCGCUCAGUGUCGCCCUCAAGUCUCCAUUGGAGGUCCGUCAAAAAGCGGCCGAAGCCAUCAUGCACGUGAUGCGAAAGAGUUAUGUGAAUCUGGUGGAAGAAGCAUUGCUAGUGUCGAGGGAGUUGAUUCGAGUGGCUAUUUUAUGGCAUGAAAUGUGGCACGAAGGCCUGGAGGAAGCUUCGCGGCUGUACUUUGGAGAGCAUGAUGUGGAGGGGAUGAUGGCGGUGCUGCAGCCGCUGCAUGUGAUGAUGGACAAGGGCCCUGAGACACUGCGCGAAGUGAGUUUUAACCAGGCAUUUGGACGAGAUCUCAAAGAAGCAUACGAGUGGAUCCAGCGCUAUUUGAACCCGCAACUUGGGGCUAACGAAGCCGACUUGAACCGGGCGUGGGACUUGUAUUAUUAUGUAUUUCGACGAAUCAACAAGCAAUUGCCCCAACUUACGACGCUCGAGUUGCAAUAUGUCAGCCCCAACUUACUCCAAGCGCGCAACCUACAGCUCGCCGUGCCAGGAACGUAUCGAGCUGGCCACGACAUCAUCAAAAUCGGAUCGUUUGUGCCCACGAUGCUCGUAAUGACAUCGAAACAGCGUCCUCGACGCAUCACUAUCCACGGAUCCAACGGGUUGGAGUACAUGUUUUUACUCAAAGGACACGAAGAUUUGCGCCAAGAUGAACGGGUGACUCAGCUAUUUGGCCUCGUGAACGCCCUACUUAUCAACGACAGAACCACGUCGAAAAAAGACUUGAAAAUCACGAGAUACCCCGUGAUUCCCCUGAGUCACAACGCUGGCAUCGUCGGAUGGGUGCCAAACUGCGAUACGUUGCACCAACUCAUUCGAGACUACCGUGAAGCUCGAAAGAUCCUGCUCAACAUUGAACACCGACUCAUGCUGCAAAUGGCGCCAGACUACGACGUGCUCAGCUUGAUGCAAAAAGUAGAAGUGUUUGAAUAUGCACUGGAAAACACCGCUGGCCAAGACUUGUACAAGGUGUUGUGGCUCAAGUCUGAAAACUCGGAGAUUUGGCUCGAUCGGCGCACCAACUACACGCGGUCAUUGGCUGCCAUGUCGAUGGUGGGGUACAUAUUGGGCCUGGGGGACCGCCACCCGUCAAACUUGAUGCUCCAUCGGUUCACGGGCACGAUUGUUCAUAUUGAUUUUGGCGAUUGCUUUGAAGUGGCGAUGCACCGUGAAAAGUACCCGGAGAAAAUCCCCUUUCGACUGACACGAAUGCUCACCAAUGCCAUGGAAGUAAGCGGCAUCGAAGGCAACUUUCGGUUCUCGUGCGAAGCCGUGAUGCAAGUCCUGCGCGACAACCAGCACUCGCUCAUGGCUAUGCUCGAAGCAUUUGUGCACGAUCCGCUGAUCUGUUGGCGUUUGCUCGCACCCAACGUGUCGCCGCCCCGCUUGCACGACAACAACCACCCGACGGACGACGCUCCCCCGCGCCGGGAAAUGCGGGACCGUCGGCCGAGUAUGGCCAUGGCCAGUCUGGCCAUGAUGCAGCAAAACGAUGCUACUACUAGUACUACUAGUACUACUACUAGUACUACCAGCAUCCACAUGGAAAUGUCCCAGUUGGCCGCAAGCAUCGGCGUAAGCCGAAGCAUCGCGGCGUCUGCAGCCGUCGAUGUCCACGGAAACCCGUCGGUUUCGUCAUCUCAAGUGGAUUUGGAAUUACGACGAAGCCAUCGCGAACGGGAGCUCGUGAAUGCGCUGGGCCCCGAGGGAGCCGGGGCGCCGAGGGAAGCUCUUAAUGAGAAGGCGGUCGCAGUUACUAGGCGCGUGCAGUCCAAGCUCACGGGGCGCGACUUUUUUGACGACGACUCGGAGCCCCUGAAUGUGGCGGCCCAAGUCCAGCGGUUGAUUACGCAAGCAGCGUCGCAUGAAAAUCUGUGCCAGUGCUAUAUCGGAUGGUGCCCAUUUUGGUAGUACUGUAGUAAUAAGCCGACGUUACAUGCAAAUAUGUGCCAGUGUUAUACGAA